AUGGAGAAAAGGGAAGAAGUUACUUCAACAGUAGACAUUUAUCGUCAUACUCCAUUGCGUUAUUUAGGUUAUGCCAAUGAAGUAGGUGAAGCAUUUCGAGGUGCUAUUCCUGUCCGCUAUGUCAAAUUAAGUUAUAUGAUUGCUGGUGGUUAUGUUUUGGCUGAUACCUGCAACAAGAGUUCUCUAACCUCUGAUCGUUUCAAAUUCAAGAGCGAACAUGACUACCAAGUAGCUUCAAAAUUUACUGAAACGUUAAUAUGGCAGUCACUGGCUUCCGUAAUAAUUCCUGGUUUCGUUAUUAACCGAUGCUGUGCAGCUUUUAAUAGUUUCUUUAAAUUACUUCAUGUUCGAAAUAGACAAGUAAUGACGACAGCCCUUGGUUUAGCUUUAAUUCCAAUCAUUAUUAAACCUAUUGAUAGAUCGGUUGAUCAUGUCAUGGAUAGCUACAUCACACCCGAAACUCAACGCUUUUUAGCCGCUCUGUAUCACGAAAAAACAGAUUAUCAAAGUUAUGCUUUGGCUGAAGCAGUAAUGCAUGACUAUAACUUCUAA